CUAUUUAUUUGUUGGUGUGUGAGUUCAAGUCAUUUUUGAGACAGGGAAAGAGAACCUAUACAACUGUCCAGUGUGUAGUAAUGGUUUGGGUGGUGGAGUAGGAUUCAGGGGGUUUUCAUGGCAAGAUUUGUUCAGGGAGUUUUUGCCAUUGCCUUCCUCUGAGGCUGAGAGAGUGUGAUUCCCCAAGGUCAACAAAACAAUUUCCAUGGCUGAGUAGACUCCUAGCCCAACAUUCCAUAGUGGUUAGUUGUGUAGGUUCUCUUUUAAAUGAAGCCUUUUGAUAUGUUCAACUCAGGCCAUUUUCCCACUGAAAAAUAACUUCCUAAAUAAAAUAUAGCAGUUAGGCAUACUGUAUGUUGAAUAAAUGUUACCUAUUAUAAGGAGGGGCACUCUAUCAUUGCAUGUCUAUGUUUCAGACAGUAAUUCCCUUUGAAUAACUAUCUGGGUUUUGAUGAACGUCUGAUUCAACUGGAUGGGGACUUGAAGUCCUUCGAUUAUACUUGCUCAGUAACGAGGGCAACUUUCUUGCCACAUGUUCAGAGCCAAUUUGGUCUUCAUUAUUGUUGGUACAAACAUGGAAUGCACCUCAGCUCAAGGACAAAGGAGGCCCAUCCUGAAUCUCCAUCCCUUUGCCUCUUGAAGUGAGUAGGUACACUCUCCGUUAAGAAUAAAAUCGGGAACGUUUACGCUAUUUGCUUCUGGAAUUAGGGCUAGAAAUGACAACUUGUGAUAAGUCUAUAGAAGAACCAACUAUAUUCUGUUCGCCUCUAUGCUUUUCUUUUUGUCUGUCUUUCUUUUUCUCAUGAGUGCCUGCUUUUUUGCAUGAGUUUCUUUUGUCCAUUGAUCCGUACAGUCUCCUUCUGUCUUUGUAUCUCUUGGUUAUUUUUCCUCCCUCCCGGUUGGCAUAAUUCCAUGGAAAGCUGCAUGGUUAUGCCAGCAGGGUGCUAGACUUGGACUGUCUGUCUGCUUGGGGUUACGUUGGUGGGGGGAGAAAGGAGGGGAGUGGGGGGCGACAAUGUUCCAAUCUCCGGACCAAUCGGACCCCCGGGCGCUGUCCCAUCACCCGCCCCGUAGCCCCUUUAGCUGACACGCUGUCAAAAUCCCAACCCCAGGGAUGAGAUAAACAGGUUCCUCUGUGCGGACAGGAGCUGAGAGCUUUGCUCCCUGAGAGGGGCCAGGCCAUGGUUCGACCCCGACAUACCAACACUAGCAGGGUGCAAGGAAUGUGAGAGAAGAGUAUUUGCAGUCCCAGACAGACACACGCAGAUCCUUUGCUCGCAAGCAUAUACACUGGACUCCUCUUUGCACCGUUACCAGAUUCAAACACAUGGAGCAAAAGAACAAGAAAACAGAAUAAGCAAGACCUCUAGAGUUCAAUGUGGAGCAGUGACCCUUUUCAUCUAUUACAAGAGACACAAGGAAGAUUGGAAACGCCCAGGUCAUCGUCAUUUACAAUCUCAAGCCAGGUCACCAAGAUGAGUUGGAGUGAAUGAAAACAAUGAGACGGAGCAACAGGUUAAAUGGUGAGUAGGGACUUGGACAGACAUGCAGCUCAACAAUAAUUCCCUUGCAAUGAUUGAGUGUCAAGGAAUUGUUAAUUAGACUGAAUGAUUAGCGAGAGCCUUUGAAUUGUACUUUCUCAAUAGUGAGGGGAAUGUACUCUCCACUCACUCGUCCAUAUUGUUUUAUAUGAGCAAACUUGAAGACCCUGUUCUCUCUCUCAAUCUCUCUUUCUCUCUUCUUCUUCUGUGGACCUGGGUACCAGGACAAGGUAGUAGUCAACACCAUAUCUCUUUAGUCAGUCUUUCUCAGCUCAGUAAGGACCUCAGGACAUUGUACUUGAUGUGCUACCCUUGAGAAGACCUAUGGAGCCAUCAGCCACCAACCUUUCUCUAUGGGUGCCCUUAGUCAAUGCCUCUUUGUCGGAGGGUGCAGAAUCGGCCGCAGCCCUAGGAGCCGUGCUGAGCCUGAUGUGUGCCACGGGGGUGGCUGGGAACCUCUACACCUUGGCCAUUGUGCGGGCCUCCCCGUCGGCCUCCUCGCUGCGCGUCCACUUGGUCAACCUGGCCCUAGCUGAUCUGCUGUAUCUCUCCACGGCUCCUUUCAUUGUCCACAAUGGGCUGGUGAAGGACUGGCCUUUUGGGGAGGUGGGCUGCCGGAUCCUGCUCAGCCUGGACCUCCUCACCAUGCACGCCAGCAUCUUCUUGCUCACCCUAAUGAGCUGCGAACGCUAUAGCGCGGUGGCGCACCCCUUCCAGGCUGCGAGCCAUGCUGGGAGAUGUCGCCGGCCCCUGGCUGUGGCCAUCUGGCUCCUGUCCUUUGCCUUGACGCUCCCCAUGAUGGUGAUGAUCCACCAAGAGGAGCGUGCGGUGGGGGACGGAGCUAUCGUUCGGCGUCUCUGCUCCCCAACCUGGAGCGAGGAGCAGUACAGGCUCUACUUGAGCAUCCUUUUCAGUACCAGCAUCGUGGCUCCCGGAGUGGUCAUCGGGUCCCUCUACUGGCGCCUGGCAAGGACUUACUGGAUGUCGCAGACCCAUGGUGGCUUGGGCCGCACUCCCAAGAACCGUGUCUUCCUCCUCAUCCUCAUCAUUGUCCUGGCCUUUUGGGCUUGCUAUUUGCCCUUCUGGAUCUGGCAGCUCCUGCCCCUUUACUGCCCAUCGGCUGCCCGUUUGCCAGUCCAAACAGAAAUCUCCAUCAACCACUUGGUGACCUGCUUGACAUACGGCAACAGCUGCAUCAACCCUUUCCUCUACACCUUAUUAACUCGCAACUACCGGGAGUACCUGCGCGCUCGCCAGCGGGGAACUUCACAUCCUUCCCUGAGAUGUCUCCAAAGCAGAGCUAGGACUCCAGGAGAAGGUGGAGAAGAUGUCUGAGCAGAAAAUAAUGGCUGUCUUGGAAAUAUGACCGGCUGAAGAUCAAAAUAUUGGACUCUUUCGACACAUUCAAACCUUCUGCUUGCCCUUCUCUAAACUAUAACAUGCCAAUUAUCUUUAUGGACAAAGACAUGGUUAGACACGUCAGCCUGAAGAUCAAGUGCUUACAGAUGGAAGGUCCAGACAAGACACAAUCAGGGCCAGCGAACACCUUCCAACAAAGGAGCCCCCCAGGCAGAGAAUCAGCCAGGCUUUGAAGCUGCAAGGUUUUUCAAUGCUAAUCAAGCUGGCAAAUUGCAACAUCCACACUUGCCUCAAACAGACAAGAGUUAUUUCUCCCACCCUGGACAUUCCAGAUAUAUAAACCCCACUUGUUUAGUUUCCAACAGAUCUCACAACCUCUGAGGAUGCCUGCCAUAGAUGUGGGCGAAAUGUCAGGAGAGAAUGCUUCUGGAACAUGGCCAGACAGCCCGGAAAACUCACAGUAACCAAGUCAUGAAGUAUUCUUCAUUAUGUCACCCAGUGGUUUCCAUGGCAGAGCAAGGAUUCAAACUCUGGUCUCCAAUGUCAAAUCCAAUGCUCAGACCACUACUCCGUGUUGACUCUCAACAUUUGAUUAAAAUUUCUGAACAAAUGAAAACUUUUCUAUAAAUCUGCAGCAAAUUAGGCACUUUCUUCCGAAGACAAAACCAGAAUCAGGACCUUUCCAUCCAAAAUUGUUUCUGAUUGUAACUCCCCAGCCUUAGUUUCUACAUGCAUUUAUAAGCUGCUUUGAGUCUCCUUUAGGAGAGGAAAGAGAGAUAUAAAUAAAUAAGCUAGUAUUCUUAUUGUUAUAAUUUGCUUGGUUGGAUAUAAUGUAUUUCCCCCCACAAAGAAACAGACUGGUAAUAAACUGCUACAUUCUGAAAAGUG